AUGUUUAAUUGGAUUGUCAAUAGACCUAACAGAGUUAUUGAACUACAGAAAUAUUAUCAGCAACCGGGACCAGUAUUUCUUAAAGGUAGUCUACGUAAACCAAUUAUUGUUGCUUAUUCUAUAAUGUUAUCAGGGACUUUCUUGGGCGCUCUCUACGGUACUGUGAGAAUGGCACAGGGUAAAAAAUGA